UUUUGUCGAAACCGUUUAGGCAGUUGCACAUCUUUGUGUCACCAAUAAUAAUCUAGCAGACAGCAGUAUACUUCAGCUGACCGGCCAUCCAACAUUGUUCAAUAUGCUGUUGAAAAUUUGCUGGAUGCUAAGCGUUUUGGCGCUUUGCCAAGCCAAUUUGAGGAUUAAAAGAAUAGUUGGAGGAUAUCCGGCAUUAGUACCCGAAGGAGAUGGCGUUCCAAAUGAUAUCAACGAAAAAAUUAACAAAACGAACGAUAAUAAUAUCAUCCAACCGUCGAGCUCGACCACAGUCAACAAUAUAAUUUAUGUACAAGACCAGUACAGAACUGCAGAAAUAUUAGGUGUCGAAGAACCAGAGGGUGUUUGUGCUUUUAAGGGUAUUAGAUACGCCGAACCACCAGUUGGAAGACUCCGAUUUCAGCGUCCUGUAUUUAUUCCUCUGAAUGGUAAAUAUGAAGCUACCAAAUAUGGUCCUCCUUGUCCACAGCUAAGUAGUGAUAACCGUGGAAUAGUUGGAAGUGAAGACUGUCUAUUUCUUAAUGUUUUUACACCAUUGAAAAAAAACUGCAAAAAGAAUUAUCCAGUGAUGAUUUGGAUACACGGAGGUGGUCUCAACAGCGGUUCAGCUUUACAAUACGGAGUGUCCCAUUUGGUAAAAAAAGAUGUAAUAGUAGUUACAAUACAAUACAGACUGGGAUCAUUAGGUUGGAUUACCAAUAACUUAAAAGAGCUUUCUGGAAAUAUGGCAUUAUUUGACAUGCGAAUUGCUAUCAAAUGGACUAAAGAAUAUAUUAGUUUUUUUAACGGAGAUCCAGAGAGAAUUGUUUUAGCCGGUCAAGGAAGUGGGGCAAGUGCUGCAACUUUAUUGUCUAUGACAGACUUUACCAAAGGUAUGCUUAGUGGCGUAUUUGCAUUAAGUGGUAGCCCAGUAUCACCAUUUGCAGUCGACUCAAAACCAGAAAUUACUUAUUCAAAUAUUACUAAGUUGAUGGGGUGUAACCAAGCAGUCGGAUUAGAAGUCGUUAAAUGUUUGCAGAUGUUAUCACUUAAAGAUAUUAUUAGUGCCGAUACUAAAUUUGAGAAUAUGAAAAUAAGUAACGAAGGAUAUUUGACUGGAUUAGCUAAUUUACUAAGUACGGGACCUGUAGUCGAAGGAAAAAAUGAUGGACGUUUUCUGCCAUUUUUACUUUUAGAUACUCCAUUAAACUUAAUGAAAAUGAAUCGAAUACCCAAAAUACCAAUACUUACUGGUGUUAACAAACUAGAAACCAAAUCUGGAAUAUUAGGAAAAUAUCGAGCUCAAGUACAAGAAAAAUUAACUCAAAUUCCUGAUUAUAUUAAUAAAGUACUGCCUAACAACAUACUUAAAUCUAAUUCAGGUUUAUUUAAAAAUGGAAAUGUUAACAACGUCUUACAAUCCUUAUUUGAAAACAACAAUUACUUAAAACUGGUUUCAUCUUCUCUUGGCAAUACAGUAAAAGAUUUUGAAAAAGUUGUGCAGGGAACAACGGAUGCCUUGUUUAAUCUGCCAGCAUUUUUCACUUCACACUUAUGGUCUAAGCAUAGCUCGUCAUAUUUUUAUAGUUUUGAAUACAAAUCAAAAAGUUUCAAAACGCCAGGAAAAUGGUUUUUACCGAAUAUUCUUGGUGCACAUAAUAAGGACAAUGUUAAAAAUGAUGUAGGGAAUACACACAAUUCUGCCAAAAAAGACGAAGACACCGGAGAACCAGGUCACGGAGAUGAAUUAAUUUACCUUUAUGAUGUAAGAAGUAUUGAAGGUAUGCCAAUUCCUGGAAGCGAACUUAAAGAUCAAAGUGAUAUAGAAAUGAGAGAUAACUUUACGUCAUUGGUGGCCGAAUUUAUUCAUCACGGAAAACCACGUCUAUCAAAAUUGGAUGAUGAAUGGCCAUCAUUUACCUCUGCAAAACGGUCCGAUUAUGUGAUACUCAGUGAAAACUCUCGUAUAGAAAAGAAAUUUCGUUUUUGUGAAAUGGGAUUAUGGGGUGGACUUCCGGACAUACUUCAAUCGUCGUACUGUAACUUUCCUGGAAUAUCUGAUAUUUUAAAAACUGUACCAGAUUUAUUAAAAGAAGGCGUGUUGGGUGAUGUAACAAGCAAUGCGAUUAAUGCAUUAUCAAACCCCUUGAACAAGAUCGCAGGACUCGUGAACACCGACCAUAUUACCCCAGGUUUAAUCAAUUUGUCACCAAAUAAACCAACCAAACAGAAUAAUCAACAGUCUAAUGGUGGCUUACCGUUAUUGGGUGGUGUGCCUGUUUUAAUGGACCAAAGGAAAACGACUGAAAACAAAAGACCUACCCAAAGACCGGGGUUAGGUCUUUUGGGAAAAAAAAAAAAAUGAAAAUUUUGCAGAGGAAAAUGCCUAUUUCCA